AUGGACCGGGUGCAAGGACCGAAGGGCAGCAGCGGGCUGGGCAUCUCGCUGGCCGGAACAAGGACCGAACGCGCAGUCGUCUUCGUGUGCGGCCUCAACCCGCAGGGCAACGCCUUCAAGGACGGCCGUAUUCGCAACGGCGACGAGAUGCUGGAGGUCAACGGCCUAGUCCUGCAUGGCCGAUGUCAUUUGAACGCCUCGGCCAUCAUCAAGGCCUGCCCGGUCCCGUCAUCAAAAAUCAUCCUUUCAGUUUUAAGGCGGGAGGAGGCCCUGGACGACCUGGCCGUGCGUCCCAUCACCCAGUUCCCGGUGUCGCUGCAGGACGAGACGCCAGAGCAGAAGUACGCGAAGUACAAGGGCCUGCGUAAUGUCCAAGUGAAAAAGGGCACGCAGGGCCUCGGCAUCAUGAUCUUCGAGGGCAAGCACGCCGAGGUCGGCCAGGGCAUCUUCAUCUCGGACCUGCAGGCGGGCAGCCCAGCCGAGCAGGCGGGCCUGUCGGUCGGAGACAUGAUCCUGUCCGUCAACAACGAGGACCUGGUGGGAGCCGACUACGACACGGCGGCCGGUAUUCUGAAGCGGGCCGAGGGCGUGCUGGCGCUGUGGGUGUCGAACCCGAGCCGAGCGGUGCGGGACGCCUCGCCCUCACCGUCGCACGCCGCGUCGGCGCCGGGCCAGGCGCAGGCACCUGCGCAGGGACAGCCGUCCGCCGCUGAACCCGAGAAGCCGCAGGAGCCGCCGGCCGACCCGGCCGCCUGCCCGAUCGUGCCCGGUCGUCAGACCACCAUCGAGAUCAGCAAGGAGAAGAUGGGCCUCGGCCUGAGCAUCGUCGGCGGCUCGGACACGCUGCUGGGGGCCAUCAUCAUCCACGAGGUGUACCCGGACGGCGCGGCGGCCAAGGACGGACGCCUCAAGCCCGGCGACCAGGUGCUGGAGGUCAACAACGAGAACUUCCGCGAUGCCAGCCACAACAAGGCGCUGGCCGUGCUGCGCCAGACGCCGGCCAAGGUGCGGAUGCUGGUGUAUCGGGAGGAGGGCGCCACCAAGGAGGAGGACGUGUUCGAGACCAUGGACGUGCAGAUGGUGAAGAAGCCCGGUAAGGGGCUCGGACUCAGCAUCGUCGGCCGGAAGAACGGACCCGGCGUCUUCAUAUCAGAUGUGGUGAAAGGCGGCGUGGCGGAAGCGGACGGCCGCCUGAUCCAGGGCGACCAGAUCCUCUCGGUCAACGGCCAGGACCUCAAGGUUGCCACCCAGGAGCAGGCCGCCUCCAUCCUCAAGACGUCCAUGGGCAAAAUCAACAUGAAAGUGGGGCGGCUCAAAGUGCGUCACUCGCCCGGCGCCGCCAACGCCACCAGCAAAGUGCCUGACGCCGCGCCCGCGCCGUCACUAGUCGGCGGCCACGGCUCGCCGCAGGGUGCCCUGCCCAUCUACGUGAAGACGGUGUUCGCGCGCGGCGCGGCGGCCGACGAGGGCUCGCUGCGCCGCGGAGACAUGAUCCGCAGCGUCAACGGCGUGCCCAUGACGGGCGUCACGCACCAGCAGGCCGUCACGAUCCUCACCAACGCCACCGGCACCGUCACCAUGGUGGUGGAGUCGUGA